AUUAAGAAUGGCGAUGUCCGAAUUAAGACACCGAAUGCACAUGCAAGAAGUAGAAAAAAAAAUUAAAUUAUUGCAAAUGAAUUGGUUCAUAAAGAACUACGAAGAAGCAAUUGAAAAUUCAGAUAAACCAAAACCUACCGUUUCAAUCCAAUCGACCAAACUUAUCGAUGAGAUACGAGGAAUGAGAACCCUAAUUAAAGAUAUUAAUGCCAAGCUAGAGGUGUACCAAAAGGAAAUAAAUAAGAAAGCAUUCGAAAAACUAAAUGAAAAUGCAUCAGCACGUUUUGAAACAGAAAUUUCAUACAUGUACUCUGUACCACCCGAUAUCAAACAUCAAUUGUAUAACGGUAAAAAAUAUAAAUUUACAAAUAUAUACUGAUAUGUUACCGUUAUCUUUA